GCCCGUGCCUGGAAAGGGGUCGGGAGCCCCGCGCGGCGGCCUCGGCCUGGACGGGACCUGCGGGCGCGCGCUGCGCGGGGCGCGCUGACUCGGGCGCGGUCCGGAGGCGAGGCGUGCAGGGCGCGCGCGGGAGGCGCCGGCCCCGGUACCCCCGUAGCCGCCGCCCGGCGAGUCCGAGCUGGACGCGCCCCCGACCCCAUGGAGGACGGCCCGCUGGAGCUCAUGACCAAGGACGGCGGCGACGUGCCGGCGCCCCUGGAGGUGUCCAGCGUGCCGGCCGUGGGCGACGUGCUCUCGGGCGAGUACAACGGCGGCAUGAAGGAGCUGAUGGAGCACCUGAAGGCGCAGCUGCAGGCCCUGUUCGAGGACGUGCGGGCCAUGCGGGGCGCCCUGGACGAGCAGGCCUCGCACAUCCAGGUGCUGUCGGACGACGUGUGCGCCAACCAGCGGGCCAUCGUGUCCAUGUGCCGGAUCAUGACCACGGCGCCCCGCCAGGGCGGCCAGGGGCGCUGCGCGGGCACCCCCCGGGAGCCCGAGUGCCCUGCGCCGGGGGCGGUCGCCAGCGAGGACCCGGAGGACGGGAACGCCGAGGAGGAGAAGGAGCGGCCGUGCCCCGCCGCUCCCGCCGGCCGCCGCGAGCGCCCCGAAAGCCCCCGCGCAGGCAGCACGGCCGCGCCGCCGCUGGAGCCCCGAGACCCGCCCGACGCCGCCCUGCUGCGGCUGAGGGGCGAGGCCGCGCUGUGAGGCCCCGCGGGCGCCCCCCGGCCGCUGCGGGUCGGACGCCGCCCUCCGACGGCUGCUCGCGGUCCUGGCCGAGGGGCGCCCUCGAGGCGGGGUCUGUUGGGCGCAGGCCCGUGGGAGCUGGGGCCGCUCCCGCCGCCGGCCGCGGAGCCCUUGCGGGCUGCGCAAAGGUGAGCUUGCGGGAGAGGACGCGCCGGCCCCUGCCCUGCCCGUCCCUCCCCAGGUGGCGAGCGGACCGCUGGCCUGUGUAAAUAGCACCCUGCCUUUUCUAUUCACGACAAGGACUUCUCUAGGACGGUGGCAAACAAUCUCAAACGAUUUGCCUAGAAAUUAAGGAAUCGGGGGUGGGGGGGAUUCUCUUCUGCCCCUCUGUUGAGUCCAAGACACUCGGUGCUCCGCAGAAACCGCCGCCCCCACCCCGCCGCAAGUCUGCGCUGCCGUUGGUAAAGGGAGCCCAGGACCCGGGUGAAUGGGGUUCCCGGGGCGGGCGGGGAGGCGCUGGCUGCGAAUGUGCAUGAAGACACGGGAAUAGCGCAAGCUCUGGAUUGUGCAUGCAGCGCGGAUCCCGCCCGGUCGCUGACUUCGCCUGGGACUGCUUCUCCUCUCGCUGGGGUUAGAGAACAAAGAGCCCAGCUCGCAGCAGCCCAGAUGCAGGGGACGUCUGAGGGACUCUUGGGGUCUGCAGUCAGAAACUGUCUCUCCUAGCCACACCUGCUUAGCUGCAGUUCCUCCGUCACGUGUGUCCCUGCCCGCUGCCUCCCGGUGUCGAUGUCGCCUCCAUCGUGUCUGUCCACCGUGUAGUAGUGUGUGAGCCCUGAGGGGCAGGGCUUGUGGCUCUGGUGUUAGGUCCUGGGGGCUUCAGAUCCUUCUGUGAGCCUCCCCCCACCCCACCCCAGGGCAUGGAGCAUGUGGCUGUCCUGAGGUCCCUUAACUGAUGUGCUGCCCUUGCACCUCCCGAGUGAUGACCCCGUGCCCUUCCCCGCCUUUGUGUACCCUUCCUCAGUGCUCUCCUCCACGGUAACCUCAAUAAAAGGCGUCGUCUCCCCUC